GUAAGAGACAAAGCUUCCUUCCUUUUCAUUUAUUUCAUCAUAUCGCCUUAAAAUUAAAAAAAAAAAAAAAAAAAAAAAAAAGGAGAAAAACCUCAUCUUGCAGCGAACUAGAAUCCCCCGAUCUGCUUAUUUUUAGUCGAUUUUUAGGUUUUUGAUUUCGAGAGAGGAGAUGUUGGAGAAGAUUGGAUUGCCAGCAAAGCCAUCUCUGAGAGGGAGUAAUUGGGUUGUUGACGCAUCACAUUGCCAAGGCUGUUCCUCUCAAUUCACCUUCAUUAAUCGAAAGCAUCAUUGCCGAAGAUGUGGUGGUUUGUUUUGCAACAGUUGCACUCAGCAACGGAUGGUUUUACGUGGGCAAGGUGAUUCACCUGUGCGUAUUUGUGAACCUUGUAAAAAGCUAGAAGAGGCUGCACGUUUUGAGAUGCGUUAUGGCCACAAGAGCAGAAUUGGCAGAGGAAGUUCAAAAUUGACAUCGAAGUCUGAGGAUGAAAUUUUGAACCAGAUACUAGGCAAUGAUGGGAAGGAAUCUUCAUCAGCACAAAAAUUCAACACUGACACAGCUUUCACUAUUCAAAGGGCAAGUAGCAGUGCUUCACGCUCAACUCCUCGAGAAGAUUUUGUGCUGGAUGGUGGCGUAGAAAUACAUAGAAGUCGUUCUGCUAAUGAGCCUAAUCAUACACAGAAUGAGAUAGGAUCAACGAGUCCAGAUAAAUUACGUCAACAAGCUUUAGAUGAAAAAAAGAGGUAUAAAAUUCUGAAAGGAGAGGGAAAGCCUGAGGAAGCUUUAAAAGCAUUUAAAAGAGGAAAAGAGCUUGAGAGGCAGGCUGAUGCUUUGGAAAUGUCUAUAAGAAAAAACCGUAGGAAGGUUUUGCAGUCUGGCAACAUGGGUGAGAUUCUGAAUAAAGAUGGCUCUAAAGAGUCUGGAACAAAAAGUAAACUCUUUGCUCAAGCAGGUAAAGAGAAGGAUGAUCUUACUGCUGAACUAAGAGAAUUGGGCUGGACUGAUGCAGAUCCACGUGAUGAAGAUAAAAAAUCCGUGAAUAUGAGUUUGGAGGGUGAACUGUCUUCUCUUCUUGGAGACAACUCUCAAAGGACUGGUAAAGAUGUGGGGACCAGUGGCAUUGACAAGACUGAGGUUGUUGCACAUAAAAGAAAGGCUCUUGCGUUGAAGCGUGAAGGAAAGCUUGCAGAAGCCAAGGAAGAAUUAAAGAAAGCUAAAGUCUUAGAGAAGCAGCUUGAAGAACAAGAACUGUUGGGUGUGUCUGAAGAUUCUGAUGAUGAGAUAUCUGCACUAAUCCGUGGUAUGAGUGAUGAUAAACAGGACGAAUUGUUAGUAGGAUAUGAACAGGAGCAAGGUUUUGAUUUUGAUCACCUUAUGGGCACAGCUGAUGAUCUUCGUGAUGAUAACAACUUGGAAGUGACAGAUGAGGAUCUGAUGGACCCAGAAAUAGCAGCUACAUUAAAAUCAUUAGGUUGGACUGAUGAUUCUGACAAUCAGCGAAACACUGUGGCCCAGUCUGUCCCCAUUAACAGGGAAGCCCUACUGAGUGAAAUUCAUUCACUGAAAAUAGAGGCACUUAACAAAAAACGGGCAGGUAAUGUUACUGAGGCAAUGGCACAUCUAAAGAAAGCAAAGCUACUUGAAAGGGACCUGGAAAGGCUGGAGGGUGAAGCAGACAAUUUAGACACACAGAAUCCCACAAUUAUUCAGAAAGGUUCAAGUUCACAAAAUAUCUGUGUGAAGAGAGAUUUGGAUUCCAAACCUGCACCAAAGAAUAGAUUAUUGAUUCAAAAGGAACUUCUGGCUUUGAAAAAGAAGGCUCUUUCUUUGAGAAGGGAAGGAAAAAUGGACGAGGCGGAGGAAGAAUUGAAGAAAGGUAGAUUUCUUGAACAGCAGCUUGAAGAGUUGGACAAUACUUCAAAGUCUAAGGCUACGCAAGUGACCAAUGGUAGUAAGGACCCAGGUUCAGCAUUUGAAAAUCCUGAUAUUCAUGGAAAUAAACCAAUUGGGGAAGUGGCAGAGGAUGUAACAGAUCAAGAUAUGCAUGAUCCAACGUACCUUUCUCUUCUAAAGAACUUGGGUUGGAAAGAUGAAGCUAAUGAGUCUGCAAGCACAUUAUUGAAACCUUCCAAGGAAAAUGAUAAUCAUUCUAUUCAAAUCUUUGAUACCUCAGACGCCUCAUUGAAUAUUUCAUCAAGGACAACUAGAACAAGUAAAGGUGAAGUACAGAGGGAACUCUUAGGUUUGAAAAGAAAGGCUCUUGCUUUGAGACGUGAAGGGAAGACUGACGAGGCAGAGGAAGUGCUUAGAUCAGCAAAAGCGUUAGAGACCCAGAUGGCAGAAAUGGAAGCACCCAAGAAAGAAAUUCAAGUUGAAUAUAACAGGCCCAAUGAUGAUAUAAUUAGGCCUCUUAAAAGUGUAGUUGAGGAUGGAGAUGCAGAUGAUGUUACAGAAAAAGAUAUGUAUGACCCCGCAAUGGUAUCCAUGUUAAAAAAUUUGGGUUGGAAGGAUGAAGAAUUUGAACCAGUAACUGCACAAGGAAAGCUGUCUAAAAAUGUUUCUGGUAGUUCUUGCCAUACUGCGGAUCCAUUUGUAAUCCCAUCCUCUUCCAGCACUUCAGCUGCAACACCAAGUAGCAAAGCAGAAAUCAAACAAGAUCACCUGGGUGAAAUGGGAAUUCUAUGCAGUGCAGGAGCAGAUCAAGGCCUUGGUUUCAUUCCUCCACGUCACCAAUCUGGGAAUGUAAUGGACUUCCUGACAGUUGAUGACCAGACAGGUUCUCGAAAACCAGCUGGAAAACCAGAAGCUGAAGCCAAUUUUGGUUUUGAUGUUUCAUUUAUGCCUGAGGCCCAUGUUCAGGUUGAGUCCUUGACAAGUUCCCCUGGAAUUCUAACAAGAAAAGAUGAUAAAGUCAGUUCUGGUUCUGGUGUUUCAUGUCAGGUUGAGAACCAUGUUCAUGCAAGGUCCUUGACAAGUCCCCCUAAAAAUCUUGGGAGUGAAGCAAGUGUUGCAGCUGAAGUGAGUGAGGAAACUGUUAACGCAGACGACAAGCCACAAACUUAUGAAACCAAGUCUACUCGGAGAUUAGCUUCUCAAAACAACAAAAAUUCCCUUCAGCAAGAAGUUUUGGCUCGUAAGAGGAACGCAGUUGCUUUAAAGAGAGAAGGAAAAUUGUUGGAGGCUCGAGAAGAACUUAGGCAGGCAAAGAUUUUGGAGAAGAGUUUAGAGGCAGAUUCUUCUGAGACUCAAACUGGUACUCAACAUGUGUCAGUAUCUUUGUCCAAUGUUCAUCCUCCUGUUCAACAAAAGGAACAUAGUGCACCCAUUUUGGCUCCAAAACCAUUGUCUGGGCGUGAUCGUUUCAAGUUACAACAGGAGUCCCUUAGCCACAAACGUCAAGCUUUGAAACUGAGAAGAGAAGGCCGCAUGGAAGAAGCAGAAGCUGAGUUUGAAUUGGCCAAGUCUCUUGAGGCACAGUUGGAGGAGUCGGCUUCUCAAGAUUCCAGCAGGUCUUCUGUCAGUAUGGCAGAACCAAUGGACAAUGCAGUGGUUGAAGAUCUUCUCGAUCCUCAACUCCUAUCUGCCCUGAAGGCAAUUGGUAUUGAGGAUGCUAGCAUUGCAUCACAAGGCCUAGAGAGACCAGGUUCUGCAAAACUUAAUCCUCAGAAGGGCGAAAAUGUUGGUCAAGAGAGGAUUCAGUUGGAAGAGCAGAUCAAGGCGGAAAAGUUAAAGGCAGUGAAUUUGAAACGUUCAGGGAAGCAAGCUGAGGCUUUGGAAGCUCUUCGGCGGGCAAAAUUAUCUGAGAAGAAACUAAAUUCCUUGGCUUCAAAUUGAAGAGAAAAAAUGAUGCUUGAAAUCUUUCAGUUUCAAGCAGAGUGUUGUGGAAAACAAGAUGAUUAAAAGAAAAUCAAGAUUUUUUCUCCAUCACGAGCAUAAAAGUUUGUGCUAUAGAAGCAAGAAUGAAGCUCUUCCCAUUUUUAAAAUCUGUUUCAUACCAUUUGUGAAGAAUGAAAGAUGCUGGUUAUUUAACUAAAUGAUGCAAAACGUGUAAUAACUUCUUAAAUUAGAAAAUGGAAAACGAGGUUGAAAUUGUAUGA